UACGAGGCGCGCAUGGACCACGACGACGCACUCCGUCACAUUGAGGCGGACUACGCGCGGUGUCAGCAGCAUCUUCAGCGCGCUGCAACACCGGAGGCGGCCGAGGCGCACUUCAUUGACGGCCUUGCCAUUCUCGAGCGCAUCGCAGCGCAGCACACCGACUUCCACUGCGCCACCGUGCAGGCGCUGCGCCGCGUCCAGCACGAUGGCCCAGCGGAGACGGAGCGGCAGUGCGUUGCGCUGCUGCGGUUGUUCGGGCUUGAGAGCGAGGUGGUCUGCGAGCAGCGUCUCGCGCAGGAGCGCCGCGAGCGGGAGGCUGCUG